GUUGGGAAUCUAUGCCCAGAGCUUGUUUAACGUGAGGAAGACGACGAACCCGCACAAGAGUGGCUUGACUCACGCAUACAAGACAACGACGUGCAAUACAAGGUAACGACGUGCAAUACAAGGUAUGCUAUAGUAGCUAUGCAAACCCUACCACUAUUGGCAACCAUCGAUCAACGUUCGGGGGUGCCUGCAUGUUGUUGUCUUGUAUGCGUGAGUCAAGCCACUUUUGUGCGAGUUCGUAAAGUGUUCGACUUCCACAAAGCGACUUGCGUGGGAUAUACCCGCCGUUGGAAUAUUUGGCUUGCCGGCUACUCGACGGCGGGGAGCUCAUCGAGAGCUCCUCUCGUACUGCAUUGCGCUGUCCAUAUCUCCGCCGCAAAGAGGCUACCGGAGGCGAGGACGUUUUCUCAUACUUACCCUCAACAGAUUCCCGACCUGAAGCCGCGGCUAGUCGACCUAGAUCACGAAGACAACAACAAGGACGGUCACAGGGUCACGAUGAAGACAACAGGAAUAAGUAGGCCCAGCCUCGCUCAUGACUUGUUCCAUUUUUGCAACAAUCUACCAAAAUUUCCACCAUUGCCGCUUCAAGUCCCGCAUGCCCUCUAUGUCGCAAUCUGGGCAUUUGUUCUCUGAAGGUACAUUUUUGUCGAUUGGUUGUUGGCAACCCUUCCCUACGGUUACCGCUUUCCAGCAUCUCUCGGUUCCAGCCUCUGUGUUAUGGCCGCACACAUGGUCGUUGACUAUUUUCUCGCACAUCGUGGUGGUUCUUGGGACGAUGUAGAUGAUGUCUGCGUGGAUACCGGUAUGGCGUUCUUGAACGGUGACUUUGGCACUGAGAAUGAGGACGAGGGGGGAGAAUUUAUGGUC